UCGGAGUUCGGGGCACGGAAACUGCGCGGGCGAGUUAGCCAGGGCAGGUGCGGCGCGGCGCGGCGGUCCGGUCCUCCCCCUUGGAGGACAGAUGUGCCCGGGCGUCGCGGCUCGCGGACCUGACCUCAGGUGAAGUUCUCGGAAAGGGCAGACGGAGACGAAGAGAUGCCAGCGGAGGAGCCCUGCGCCCCCGGCGCCUCUGGUGCCCGGGGGACCGAGCGCGCGCCGGGCCCCGAGCCGUGCCUGUCCAGCCAGCUGCUGCCCGAGCUCUACACCUUCGCGGCGCGCGUGCUGUUCUGCCUGGCGCCCGUCUAUCUAGCCGGCUACCUGGGGAUCAGCUUCACCUGGCUGCUGCUCAGCGCCCUGGGGUGGAUGUGGUGGCGCAGGAACCGCUGCGGAAAGCUCGGGCGCCUGGCGGCCGCCUUCGAAUUCCUAAACAACGAACGCCAGUUCAUCAGCCGCGAGCUGCGGGGCCAGCACCUGCCCGCCUGGAUCCACUUCCCGGACGUGGAGCGGGUCGAGUGGGCCAACAAGAUCAUCUCCCAGAUCUGGCCCUACCUAAGCAUGAUCAUGGAAAACAAGUUCCGGGAGAAACUCGAGCCCAAGAUCCAGGAGAAGAACGUGCACCUGAGGACCUUCACCUUCACCAAGCUCUACUUCGGACAGAAGUACCCCAAGAUCAACGGCAUCAAGGUGCACACUAACCAGUGCAACCGGAGACAGGUGGUCCUGGACCUGCAGAUCUGCUACAUCGGGGACUGUGAGAUCAGCGUGGAGCUGCAGAAGAUACAGGCUGGUGUGAACGGGAUCCAGCUGCAGGGCACGCUGCGGGUCAUCCUGGAGCCCCUCCUGGUGGACAAGCCCUUCGUGGGAGCUGUGACCAUGUUCUUCCUUCAAAAGCCGCACCUGCAGAUCAACUGGACAGGCCUGACCAACCUGCUGGAUGCGCCAGGAAUCAAUGCGAUGUCAGACAGCCUGCUGGAGGACCUCAUCGCUGCCCACCUGGUGCUGCCCAACCGUGUGACUGUGCCCGUGAAGAAGGGGCUGGACCUGACCAACCUGCGCUUCCCUCUGCCCUGCGGAGUCAUCAGAGUCCACUUGCUGGAGGCAGAAAAGCUGGCCCAGAAGGACAACUUCCUAGGACACCAAGGCAAGUCAGACCCCUACGCCAAGGUGAGCAUUGGCCUGCAGCAUUUCCGGAGCAGGACCAUCCAUAAGAACCUGAACCCCACCUGGAACGAGGUGUUUGAGUUCACAGUGUAUGAAGUCCCUGGGCAGGACCUGGAGGUGGACCUGUACGAUGAGGAUCCUGACAAGGAUGACUUCUUGGGCAGCCUGCAGAUCUGCCUCGGGGACGUCAUGACCAACAGAGUGGUGGAUGAGUGGUUUGCCCUGAAAGCCACAACGAGCGGGCAGCUGCACCUGAGGCUGGAGUGGCUUUCACUGAUCACAGACCCGGAAGCUGUGAUGGAGGACCAUGGCAGUUUUUCCACUGCCAUUCUCGUGGUCUUCUUGGAGAGCGCCUGCAACCUGCCGAGAAACCCUUUUGACUACCUAAAUGGUGAAUAUCAGGCCAAAAAGCUCUCCAGAUUUGCCAGGAAUAAAGUCAGCAGAGACCCUUCUUCCUAUGUCAAGCUAUCUGUAGGCAAGAAGACACACGUGAGCAAGACCUGUCUCCACAGCAAGGACCCUGUGUGGAGCCAGGUGUUCUCCUUCUUUGUGCACAACGUGGCCGCUGAACAGCUGCAUCUGAAGGUGCUUGAUGACGACCAAGAAUGUGCCCUAGGAGUGCUGGAGUUCCCCCUGUGCCAGAUUCUCCCCUGUGCAGACCUUACCCUCGAGCAGCGCUUCCAGCUGGACCACUCAGGCCUGGACAGCCUUAUCUCCAUGAGGCUGGUGCUUCGGUUCCUGCACUUGGAAGAACGAGAGCUGGGAAGCCCAUACACAGGACCUGAAGCCCUAAAGAAAGGCCCUCUGCUCAUUAAGAAGGCUGCCACCAACCAGGGCCCCAGAGCCCCACCGCAGGGAGAGGGCCCUGCAGAUUUGCCAUGCCCUCCAGACCCUGCUUCUGAUAUCAAGCAAGCCUCCAAAAGCACCACAGCCACCACCAGUGCCACCACUGCUGCCACCAAGCCCACACUUCAAGAGAUGGGCCCAGAGCCCAAAGGCAAGGACAGAGCCAGAGGGUUCUGUGCACCCAUGGGGAAGAAGAAGAGUGUGUCCACCAUCUUCCUGGCUGUCCCAGGCCCCCACUGUCCAGGGCCCGUCAAGUCACCCAGACCCAUGAAAUGCCCUGCCUCCCUAUUCGCAUGGCCACCCAAGAGGCUGGCUUCCAGCAUGUCCUCGCUCAACUCCCUGGCCUCUUCCUGCUUUGACCUGACAGAUCUCAGCCUCAACACUGAAGACGAGGAUCUCAGGCAUCAGGGGCUGGGUGAGAUCCAGCUCACGGUGCGCUAUGUGUGUCUGCAGCACUGUCUCAGCGUGCUAAUCAACGGCUGCAGAAACCUGAUGCCCUGUUCCAGCAGUGGAGCUGAUCCCUACGUCCGUGUCUACUUGUUGCCAGAAAGGAGGUGGGCAAGUCGUAAGAAGACCUCAGUGAAGCGGAAGACCCUGGAUCCCCUGUUUGAUGAGACAUUUGAAUUUUUUGUUCCCUUGGAUGAAGUAAAGAAGAGGUCACUAGACGUCGCAGUGAAAAACAGUAGGCCACUUGGCUCACACAGAAGGAAGGAGCUAGGAAAAGUACUGAUUGACUUAUCAAAAGAAGAUCUGAAUAAGGGCUUCUCACAGUGGUAUGAGCUGACUCCAGAUGGCCAGCCCAGAAGUUGAUGAUGAACAACAUCUUUAUUUUUUAAAUGUGUACAUAUGUAUAUUUUGUAACUUAAAUCAGAGCAGCCAUUUAAAAAAAUACAUACAUACAUAUAUAUACACACACACACACACACACACACACACACAUUCUUGUGUGCAGUGUAACUGCAUGACUGGAUAGUAUUAGGAAGAGGUAAACACAUGUAGAAGCAAGAACUACUCUUUCUUGAUUGGAUUUAAUUGUUUAAAUCCAUAAACAAGCGGCAUAUUUGUGCCUAACAAAUUAUCAGAACCUCAGUGGUGAAUUUUCACUGACUUAGGACUCGCGUGAAUGUAUGCACCAAAAGGGUCCUGUCUCAGACACAGAGGGUGAGGGAGGUCUGUUUGUGGAGCAGCUAUCAGUAUUCCUGGGCAGUGACUGACCAAGGGAGGAGGCUUCCUUUAUGGGACUAAAAAGUGAUCCACCAAAAAGUGCCAAGAGCUAACUCUACCUAAGCCCUGCUGGCUGCCACCUCUGGUACUUCUCUGCCUGGAGGUUCGUUCAUGUAUCUGAUUUGGAACUAAAAUGUACUUUCCUGAUGGCAACAAUGUUAGUGAUAGUACUCCAGUGUGGGAUGGCCUGGGACCAAACUCUAGCAUUUGGCAUUAUUUCCAUAGGAAAAUGCAAGGAGAGUUUCAAACCCAGGUCUACGUCUGCACUCCCAUAGAGCACUGGAGGCUGCUGCCGAGUGUCAGUGCCAGAGAACAAGGGGCUUUCUGUAUCUCUCUCAGAUAGGUUUGGGAAUUCUGCUCCACUCUUCUAAGAGAGGGCUGGUUCACCUAAACAACAUGUUAAAAGCAAAAUAUGUAAAUUGUAUAUUUAAACAAGUGCCUCUUUUGCAUUUCAGACUUUAUAAAACCACAUAUUCUUGUCCUUUCUCACACUCCUAGAGCUGUUGUCGAGUCACAUCCUCUUUUCACUUAUCUACUCAGGCAGUACCCCCUGCCAUCAGUUUCCUCUCCCUACCACUGCCUUCACUGCCACUUUUCGGAAGAAUGGUAACAUCUUAAAACAAAGUUUUUGUCAUGUUACUCUCACUUAUAAAUUAUCAUUUCCUGCUUUCUACAAAAUUCAAGCCCACUCCUUGUGUUUCAGACCUAACAUAAUCAGGUCUCCAGUUUUCUGCUACUUUAUUCAUGUGCAGAUGCUCUGUUCCAGAAUAGUCCAAAUAUAUCCUGCCUGCUAAUCCUACUCACCUCUUAGAGGCCUAUGUCAAACCCACCUCCUCCGUUAAGCCACCCCACACUGAAAGGGCCUCUCCCCCCACCUAGGGCAGCAGUCCCCAACCUUUUUGGCACCAGGGACCGGUUUCAUGGAAGAUAAUUUUUCCACAGACUGGGGCGGGGAAGGGGGUGGUUUCAGGAUGAUUCAAGAGCAUUACAUUUAUUGUGCACUUUAUUUCUAUUAUUAUUACACUGUAAUAUAUAAUGAAAUAAUUAUACAACUCACCAUAAUGCAGCAUCAGUGGGGCCCUGAGCUUGUUUUCACUUGCCACUCACUGAUAGGGAUUUUUUUGUUGUUGUUGUUGCAAAUGUCAGGUUUAUUGUAUUCAUAUUUCUAAAUGGAUGUUUUUAGACCUUGACAAAAAUAGAAA